AAGUCAUUUUGCAGGACUGUGUCUUGUGAAACUCAGGCACAGUUAGGCAUUUCUGUAGUACCAAGCCAUUUGUGCGAGAUUGUCGUGAAGGAAUCCUUCUACCAGCCCUGAUUCCAGAAAAGAGAAGUGAACCAGUGUGGUAAGGUAUUGCAAGUCAUGAAAGGGGGAAGAUCCAUGAUGUUUUGCUUUUUUGUAGCGUUUUUUGCUGUGCUCAGGUAUUCAUCUGGCUACUCUGACUUCUUCACUUCUAUCGGGCACAUGACAGAUUUGGUAAACACUGAGAAAGAUCUGGUAACUUCUUUGAAAGAUUACAUCAAAGCUGAGGAGAGCAAACUUCAGCAGAUCAAACAGUGGGCAGAAAGUCUGGAAAAACUGACAGACAGAGCAACAUCAGAUCCAGAAGCUUACGUAGGUCAUCCUGUUAAUGCUUUCAAACUUGUGAAGCGACUUAACACAGAAUGGGGUGAACUCGAGAAUUUGAUUCUGAAGGAUAUGUCUGAUGGUUUCAUUUCCAAUCUGACCAUCCAGCGUCAGCAUUUCCCCACAGACGAGGACCAGACAGGUGCUGCAAAGGCAUUAAUUCGGCUCCAAGAUACUUAUAAUCUAGAUACAGAUAAAAUCUCCAGGGGGGACCUCCCAGGUGUGAAGCAUAAGUCAUCUUUAACAGUGGAUGACUGUUUUGAGCUUGGCAAGACUGCUUAUAGUGAUGCAGAUUACUAUCACACUGAGCUGUGGAUGAGUCAAGCCCUGAAGCAGCUGGAUGCUGGAGAACCUGCAGCCAUUGACAAAGUCACAGUACUUGACUAUCUGAGCUACGCACUGUACCAACAAGGAGAUAUGGACAAAGCACUUGAGCUUACCAAGAGGCUACUGAAAAUAGAUCCUGAGCAUCAGAGGGCAAAUGGCAACCUGAAAUAUUUUGAAUACGUCAUGUCCAAGCAGAAGAAAGAUGGCCAAGAAUCUGCCACUGAAGCUACUACUAAAGAACAAGCCACUGAGCCGAAAAAGAAGAAAAGACAUCCAGCAGACCAUCUGCCCGAAAGGCAAAAAUAUGAGAUGUUAUGCAGAGGAGAAAAUGUCAAAAUGACUCCUCGUAGACAGAAGAAGCUUUUUUGUCGCUAUUUUGAUGCUGGAAAGAACCCACGUUUAGUUUUAGCACCUGCAAAGGAACAAGAUGAGUGGGAUAAGCCUCGCAUUGUACGCUAUGUUGAUAUCCUCUCAGAGGAGGAAAUGGAAAAGAUUAAGGAGCUUGCAAAACCCAGGCUGAAGCGGGCCACCAUUUCAAAUCCUAUAACAGGAGUGCUGGAGACAGCGGAGUACAGAGUUAGCAAAAGUGCAUGGCUGGCAGGGUAUGAGGACCCAGUGGUGAAAAGGAUUAACCAGAGAAUCGAAGAUGUAACAGGACUGGAUGUCAAUACAGCUGAAGAAUUGCAGGUUGCCAAUUAUGGGGUGGGAGGCCAAUAUGAGCCUCACUUUGAUUUCGGAAGGAAAGACGAACCAGAUGCAUUUAAAGAGUUAGGAACAGGAAACCGAAUUGCUACAUGGCUGAAUUAUAUGAGUGAAGUGCCAGCAGGUGGCGCUACAGUCUUUACAGAAGUUGGAGCAGCUGUAUGGCCUAUAAAGGGUUCUGCAGUAUUCUGGUACAACUUGUUUCAAAGUGGAGAAGGAGAUUACAGCACAAGGCAUGCAGCCUGCCCAGUGUUAGUAGGAAGUAAAUGGGUGUCCAACAAAUGGAUACAUGAGCGAGGGCAGGAAUUCCGGAGGAGGUGUGGAUUGUCAGAAAUGAACUGACAUCUACGCACGUGUUGCUCUUCAGAGGGCUGUUACAUUUAAGGAUUCAUGACUGUUAAUUAGUAUCUGUCUCACGUAACAUCAGCUGCCACCUCCAGUCUGGGCUUUUGCCAUAAGUUAUUCUUCUAAAGAUGGAAGUUUAAGAUUAAACUGUUUGAGACACCUCUGUGUGGGUGAGCGCUGUUGACUGUCUGUAACUCCAGUUAAUAAAUAACACUUGGAAGCCACAGAUAACAUGUAUAAUUCAAGCAACAACUUGAAACAUGCAGAAAAACAGAGGUGCCAGCUGGCUCAUUCCCAGUCAAUCCAUGUUAGCAUAAGAUCAUUUCUUGUAUAUUUAUACAAAGCUGAAUAAUCUUCACGUAUAUUUUUUUGGAAAAAAAAAAUUCAGCAUUAUAGUUUUCAGUGCUGCAACUUGCACUGUUGUGUACGUGUGCAUGUUGUCUACCAUGGUGACUAACAUUCUGUUACAGACUUUGUCCUGUUUUUUUAAAACGCUGUUGUUUAAUUAGUGUAAUGUGUUUAUCUGUUAGUGUUGCACCCUCACAAACCAUGAUGCUGGGAAGAGAUGGUAUGUUAUAAUUUGUAAAACUGUCUUUGCUGCACUUGAGGUUCAAGUACAGUACUGCAGCUGGUUUAUUUAGAAAGUGGAGUAUUAAUUAGCUUUCAGUAACUCUUGACCAGUUAACCGUAAGCACAUAGUUGAACAACAGCCUUUUUAGUUAACAGUCAGUGUGUUAGAAGGUCAGGUAGUUUAAAAUUAUUACCAUAAACAUCAAAGUGUUACAAAUUCUGGGAGCUCAAGAAGUUUGCACCACUUGUACUAUACAUUUAGUCUUUAAUUUCCCCAUACUGACUGAUAAGUGUUACCACUGGGAAAAUAUGGAGUAGCUAACCGCCUGUAAUAAUUUGUAUAAUUAGCAUUAUGUGAAGAAACAUUUUGCCAUAAUGCUAACCUAGAAAGCAUUUUGCUGUAAUUCUCUCCUAGACUGAAGUAAUGUGUACAUCGCUACUUAAUUCUAAACUUGUGAAAGUAGUCAUCAGUGUAUUACUUAUGCUUGAAUUCAGGUUUGGAGUCCCUAGACAAGACUGUUUCACCAUGGUGAUCCUUACAUUGUUAUAUUUGUAUCAGAAAAACAUCUCUAUCAUCAGAAUGGGCAUUCAGCUCUUUGUUUCUUCGUGUUAUUGGGCGUAGUUGCCUUUUCAUGUUGUGAUGCCUUCAACCCUUUAGUAACUCCAUUGCACAUGUGUUUAAAACAUUAGUCUGCAGUACUUUUAAGCUAAAACCAUUUUUAGUUCAGUAGUGUGUUCCAUAAGAGAUGGUAGUAGAACUUGUUCAACAAACACAUAUGUUGUAUUUAUAUUUACAUAUCUCAUUUGGGAAUGAGACUGUUGGUAGUUAGGAAAGUGUGGACAUUGGCAGACUCCCUGGCUGUAGUAGUGGGCAGUGCUGACUCUUCUUGCUAAUUUCCAUAACAGUUUAGCUUUAGACUCCAACAGGGUCUUUGAGAGCCACUCCAAAGUAAGUUUCGCAGACAGUUGCAAAAUGACAACCUUUUUUGUAGACAGAAACGUCCAAAGUAGCUAUGCACAUGUUCAUUUUAAAGGCCAAAAUCUUCAAUCAUUAAACCCAUGUCUCUGUGUUCUUUGCGGGAGAGAUGUCUUAUUUAUAAUCGUUUUUUAAAUGAAAUAAUGUUUCUGGUUUUGUAUAAUGUUUUAUCAUGUUGGGUUUGUAUGUAUGGGUUUUUUAAAAAUGUUUGCUUGAAAUGUGGAUUGUGGACAUGAAAUAUGAAAUGCUAGUUAAAUCUGAAGUUGCAGGAAAGACUGUUAGGUCAUCAUUUACACAGGGUGUUAAGGAGAAAGGAGCUGGACAGCAACAUGACACACAUUUCUAUAUUGUACCACUUCCACAUGCAUGUUAAAUUGCUACCAGAAGGUAGUUAGACUUCUUUUCAAAGUGCCUCAGUGGUCACUGUUUGUUGGGUACAUUAUGUAGGUAAUUUGAUGGGACAGGUCCUGAAAUAAUAGGCUUUAGAGUUGCCAGCACACUGUAUCAUUAUUAGCUGGUCAUUGUUGUCCUGUAUUUAUUAGUACAUCUCUGUAUUUGAACACUCCAGCAUAUGCAGUACCCUAAUUUGUGUUUUGACAGUUGAUCUGCCUUAUGCUGGGUCAAGCAAUCAGGAUUGAUGUCCUGCAUUAUGUCUGUCAGCAUGUCACAUAAUUAUGCUUAAAUAACCAAGUUGUAACUGCAUUUAGAUAUACAAGGACAAUAUCUCUGCAAAGGAUACAAGGACAAAGGAAGAACUGGUAUUUUCCUAGUCUGCUCUCCCCCAGGUGGCAGAGUUGGAUGGCACUUCAUAUAGCAGUGACUAUUGUGCAUUCAGUAUUUGUCUUUUAAUUUCUGCUCCCCCCCAUAUUUUUGUGGGGAAUGUAAUGUCAAAGAAAACUGAAAGCAUAUGACACUCUUCCCAUCCCCAGUUUUCCAGAUCCAAUUUUACUAUUGCGAACUGAGAAAAAAAUCCGUGUGAAAUGUCUGGUUUGCUGGGCAAUUACAGAAGGAUCCAGCAGUGCUACUGAAGAUAGUAGUAUUCUGAAAUCUGACCCAUGGUAUUUGUAACUGUGGACUGUGGCUAUGAAAUGCUGUUUGAAGUGGUAUUUGACAUUCAGACAUUUUGUUGUGCUUCUCUCCCUUACCUUUGUCAUAUCAACAUAUUGAAUAUUUUUGAAGGGGAACAUAUGUGCCUGGUUGUCAGUUUGCUGCGUUAGUAGCACGGUUUGUUCACUUCAGUACUUGGUAUCAUAGCAGCACAGUAACAUUUAAAAAAAAUGUCACAAGCUAAUUACAUAACAAAAAUAUGAUUUAUUAGUGUUUUGACUUCCUUCCUGCCAGUCACAGUCACACACUCCUCUGUUUUAUUUAUUAAUUUUGCUUGUGGCUAACACAGGAAAAAGUCUCUGGGCUGUCUUAUGAAUGCCAGGAAGUAGAAAUGCACAUUUGAUGUAGUUUUGAUGUCUUAACCUUAAUUUGAUCUCCUGUGUGAAUGUUGCCCUUCAGAGCAAUAAUAAAUCUGUUUUGCACGCAAA